AAAACUAUUACAAUAAUUUUUCUGAGAAAUUUCUUUCUCUCGCUCUGAUUAAAGUUUCUCAUAUAAGAAGAUGACGGCACUGUCGGAGCUCAACGAUGACAUUGUUCGUAGCAUGACCGUAGCAUCAGUCUUCUCAGAUUUUGGCGGGCAGAUAAACUCUCUUGAUUUUCAUCGGAAAGAAGAUUUGCUGAUAACUGCAAGUGAGGAUGACUCAAUUCGACUUUUUGACAUUGCCAAUGGGAAGUUGCUGAAGACUGCAUAUCAUAAGAAGCAUGGAGCUGAUCGAAUAUGCUUUACCCACCACCCUCACUCUGUUAUAUGCUCUUCAAUACACAACUUGGAUUUGCAUGGAGAAUCUUUGCGGUACCUAUCCAUGUAUGAUAAUCGAUGCCUUCGUUACUUUAAGGGACAUAAAGAGAGGGUUGUGUCACUGUGUAUGUCUCCAGUUAAUGACAGCUUCAUGUCUGGUUCUCUUGACCAUAGUGUCAGAAUAUGGGAUCUUCGUGUAAAUGCCUGCCAGGGGAUUUUGCGUCUAAGAGGUAGGCCUGCAGUUGCUUAUGACCAACAAGGCCUUGUCUUUGCAGUGGCAAUGGAAGGGGGUGCCGUCAAAUUGUUUGAUUCAAGAUCGUACGACAAGGGACCCUUUGAUACCUUCCUAGUUGGUGGAGACACAGCUGAGGUUUGUGACAUAAAAUUCAGCAAUGAUGGAAAAUCAAUGCUCUUAACAACUACUAGUAACAGCAUCUAUGUCCUUGACGCCUAUGGAGGAGAGAAGCGGUGUGGGUUUAAUCUGGAUCCCUCCCCGACAGCAAUGGAGGCAACCUUUACACCAGAUGGCCAAUAUGUUGUUUCAGGUAUUAGAUUAAAUUCUUUGAGCUUAUUAUUGACUGUAGAAGAAUUCUCCUAUAUCAUUGUUGUUUCUAGCUGGGAUAGCCACAUAGGCGUCCCAUCCUGCUUGAAAUGGGCGCCAAGAAGAGUAAUGUUCGUUGCUGCAUCAUCAGUUCUUACCUUUUGGAUCCCUAAUCAUGGUGCUGGUGAUGCCGCUGGAGCCCAGACAGAAGAAGUUACUCUUCAAUGACGUUUUCUAAUGUUAAAAUCUUUUGUUGUAUACUUUUCAUAUAUCGUUACGUGUGUCUUUGUAUACCUUUGAGCUGCUUAAAUCGAAACUUGGUCAGCUGAUCCCCUCUUGGAGUUUAUUAACAUUCUUGCUUCUUCUGAGCCCUUUCUAUUUCCCAAGGUUUUAUAUUAGGGUCUUCGAGUGACCAUCUCGAAAUUUUAUUGGUCCUUUUAA